AUGCCUCACGCAACGAUGCCCUCUCCAGGGCUACAAGCCUUCAUUCUCUGUGGGCCUGGCGAGUCUCUGAGCACCUUCACAUCGACACCUAAGGACUUCUCGAAAGCUCUCAUCCCGAUUGCCAACCGACCCAUGGUCUGGUAUCCCCUAGACUGGUGCUAUCGGAUGGGCAUCCAUGGUAAGUAAUUUCUUUCUUCUGACACAUCAUGCAUUGCCGCUGAAAUCUACUAGAUAUUACGCUGGUUACGCCUCCCGAAUCGAAACACGGCCUAGAAUCAGCUCUGGCAACGAACCCAGCACUUACAAGUCUCCCGAGUCCCAGGCCUGAGAUCUUGGCACCCUCCGAUCUUACACAGACAAGUGGUACUGGCGAGCUUCUCCGGUUACCCGAAGUACAGAAAGCAGUUACUACGGACUUUGUCAUCUUACCUUGCGACCUCAUCUCGGAGCUGGAAGGCAGCAAGAUUAUUCAGCAAUGGAUCACGCUCAACUCAUUGUCCGUCACAGAGCGAGGCAAAAAGCGUAAAGGAGGUCUUGGAGUAUUCUAUCCCACAUAUGGCCUUGAAGGUAUCAGCCAGAAGAAAGACGAGACGGACUUCAUCGCGACGACUCCGUUAGCGAAAGCAUCAGUGCCUCCACCACAUGGCUCAUUGAGAUCAGAUAUCGAGACGCUGGUAAUGAGCAUGCCUACAGACACUCUCAACGAUAGGAUUGAAGACGACAAAGACACUUUCAAGAUUCGGGCUUCAUUAUCGCACAAGUACGGCCGAGUCAAGUUCAGGAGGAUGCAUCGAGACGCGCACGUUUACAUCUUUCCAAAGUGGGUGAAAGACUUUGCAGCCCGGAACGCAAAAUUCGACGCGAUCAGCGAGGACGUAAUGGGCUGGUGGGCGAAAGCACAAUGGCAGACAGUCUUGGCAGAGAAACUUGGCAUGCACGAAGCCCUUAGCCAGAAGCCCUUUUCCUCAGACGACAUGACCGAGUCUGGCAUUCUCGAAGACGAGUCGGUAGACGCAGCGCAACUCUCCAGUACAAAGGUCGCCAUACCCGUUCAACGAGCAUCAACGGCAUCCUUCGCCAGCAGAGUCCGCACCCCAGCACCGACCAUCCCGGACGCUUUAGAGGUCCCGCCUCUACUCGCAUACAUUCAACCCAACCCUAAAUCUACCACUCCAACAGCCGACCAACCUCUAAUCCGCCGCGUCGACACUUCCCUCGCACUCCUCAGCAUCUCCCUCUACCUCGCCAAACAACCCCCAACGCACACCCUAGCACACGAACACAAAAUCCACCCAACAGCAAACUUAGGCCAACAAUCCCGCAUUUCCCAAGAAGAUAGCCUCGUGGCCGAAAACGUCAAAAUCGGUUUCCGCAGCGUCAUCAAGGAAUCCGUCAUCGGCGCGAAUUGCGAAAUCGGAAACAAUGUCCGCCUUACUCGCUGUCUAUUAAUGGAUGGAGUCACGGUUGGCGAUGGGGUACAGUUGACGGGUUGUAUUGUCGGUAGGAGAGCCAGAUUGGAGGGGAUGAAACCUGCCGCGGUGCCAGCUGAAGGCUCGUCGGAUGCUCAAGGGGAGAAGAAGAAGGGCAAGAAGGCUGUGGGGGCGGAUGAUGAGGAUGACCGGACGAGGCUUACGGAUUGCGAGGUUGCGCCGAAUUUCCAUGUGGAAGCCGGGACGGAGGCGAAGGGGGAGAAGAUGAUGGCUUUUGAUACGGAGGAUUUGGAGGAUUUGGGGGAGGACGAAGACGAGGAUGAAGAGGACGAGUAG